GAAGUGAGGGAGGGGUAAGAGGGAAUCACACAAACUACUUCACAAAUAGCUCACUCCAACUGUCGUCUGAAUGUUUUCUUAAUGAAGGAAUUCAGUGUGUGGGUUGGGACACCUCAAAUAGUGUAGAAAGAUUCCAUACGUUAAGAAUUGACACUCAUUAUCUAUCUCCUGUUCUUUUUGGUCAAUCAUAUAACAAGCACACAAUCCUGUGUGUGAUUCCCUCUUACCCCUAGUGUCAGUUUCUAUGAUUUUUGGGAUGCGACAAGUUACACGUGACCUUUGAUUUUCGGUUGUUUGGUUGAAGACCAUUGUUCAGUAAAAAUGUAUUGUUUUCAUAGGCAUUCUGGAAGGAUAGCAUGUACCCAAAGAAAUAGGAAGCAGCGGCUUUGAAACCUGAGCAACGGACCUCGGCAACCCCAAUCCAACUUGGCUUAACUCAGCCUCACUGAUCCAGAUCCGACACUCUUGGCUCCAGGGGCCUGCUACAGCUCCCUAAUCCUUAGAAUCUUCUUCAGUUCCUCUAGAAUGCUGCGUCAGGCACUUCGCAGGUUUGGUCAAAAGCUGGUAAGCAGACGUCCACUGGAGAAAGAAGUAUAUGAGUUUGAAUUUGGCAAAAAGCUAAGGACUCUGGAUUUAGUGGCCCUGGGUGUGGGCAACACAGUGGGUGUUGGUAUAUACUUCCUGGCUAAUGAGGUGGCCAGGAAUCAAGCAGGACCAUCCAUUGUGAUCUGCUUUUUGGUGGCAGGUCUAACAUCACUGUUGGCUGGGCUGUGCUAUGCGGAGUUUAGUGCCCGGGUUCCCCAUUCUGGCUCUGCAUAUCUCUACAGCUACAUCACUUUAGGUGAACUCUGGGCUUUCAUCUCUGGCUGGAAUAUCAUCCUCUCCCUUGUUGUUGAUGUAUUCAUUGUGGUCCAGGCCUGGAUCUUAACUUUUGACAUCUUCAAUGGGAACCACAUCUCUGAGACCCAGCAAGAGAUCAUCUCACAGUAUGUUCCCCAAGUCACUGCAGAAAAUCUACGCUACUUUUUUGUCAUCUUUCUGGUUUUGGUCUUGGAACUGCAAUCUACGAGUUGGAGUGGGUUUGUCAUAGUUUUCAGACUGUUCACAUUGGUGAAGGUUUUGGUUCUCAGCUUUUUCAUCAUCUCUGGCUUCAUGAAGGGGGACUUGCACAACUGGAAACUCACAGAAGAGGACUACAUACAGGCUGGACUCAACGGCACCUCUAGCUUGGGCCCUCUGGGCUCUGGAGGAUUUGUCCCUUUUGGCUUUGAGGGCAUUCUCCGUGGAUCAGCUACCUGUUUCUAUGCAUUUAUAGGUUUUGGCAUUAUUGUUACCAGAGUCAGAAAAUCACACAAUCCCCAGCGUUCCAUCCCCAGAGGCAUUGUGAUUUCACAGCUCAUCUGCUUUUUGCUAUAUUUUGGUGUCUCUGUGGCACUUACACUCAUGGUUCCUUACUACCAGCUUCGACCUGGGAGCACCUUGCCUGAGGCAUUUCUUCAUAUUGGCUGGGUCCCUGCCUAUUAUGUUCUAGCUUUUGCAAUUUUCUGUAGUAUUCUUGUCAACACCUAUUGGGGCUUUAUGUUCCGUAUACAUCGGAGGAUACGCAUGAUGGCAGAGGACAACAUCUUGUUCCCUUUUCUUGCCAGGAUCCAUACUAACACAUAUGCCCGUAUCAUAUCCACUGUGACCUUUGGCAGUAUUGCAACAAUCAUGGUAUUCUUCUUUGGACUCACUGAUCUUCUGCACUUCACAUCAUUUGAGGCCUUGAUAUCUUAUUCGCUGGUAGCUCUUUGUGUUCUCAUCAUCAGGUAUCAGCCUGAGAGGAGGAAGGAGGAAAAUCAACCAGAAGUGCAGGAAGAGAAUGGGCAAAUUGAAACAAAAUUACAGGAAGAGAAUGAGGAAAACGAAACAGAGGUGCAACAGGAGAAUGGGGGAAAUGAAAUACAGGUGCAGGGGAAAACUGCACAUGCAAUAGAGAAGCUGACUCUCAGGAGACUAUUUUUUCCAGGCAGCUCCACCCCCACUCCACUCUCUGGCCAGAUUGUCUAUGUUUGCUCCUCACUGCUUGUUCUGCUGCUGAUUCUCCUCUGCCUGGUGCUGGCCCACUGGCCAAGUCUGCUUUCUGGAGACCCAGUGCCGGUUUCCAUGGUUGUGCUGCUCCUGGUGCUCAUCACUGGGAUCACUGGGGUCAUCUGGAGACAGCCACAGAGCUCCACUCGCCUUCAAUUUAAGGUCCCUGCUGUGCCUCUCCUCCCACUCUUGAGCAUCUUUGUGAAUGUUUGCCUUAUGAUGCAGAUGUCAGCUGUCACCUGGGCCUGGUUUGGUGUCUGGAUGCUGAUUGGGUUUGCUCUCUACUUUGGCUAUGGGAUCCAGCAAAGCCUGGUUACUUGAUCCCACUUAAAGGCCCAAACUGUAGGCUCAACAGUGAACUCAGAAGUACCAGUACAUAUUUGGCUUGACAUCAUCACCGGUGAAUGCAGACUGGCUCCCCUACACAAUAAUGGGGAGUACUCUUGAGCACAUGGAAAGCUAGGGCUCCUAUGAGAUACUGGUGGGGGAAUACUAAUAGAGCUUUGUAUUUAUGAUAUAGUAAAGGAUGUGCCUUUGCUCUUCCCCCCUCCUUUUUUCUUACUUUCUACUUUAAAAAAAUAUUUUAUUUAUUGAUUUGAUAGAGAGAGAGACAGCUAUAGAGGGAACAUAAGCAGGGGACAUGGCAGGCAGAGGGAGAAGCAGGCUUCCCACAGAGCAGAGAGCCUAAUGCAGGGAUCAAGCCCAUGACCUGGGUUCAUGACCUGAACUGAAGGCAGAUGCUUAACUAACUGAGCCACUCAGGCACCUGUAAUUUCUACUUUACCUUUGUGUCCAUAGUUGCUCACUGGCUUUUACAAAAGUAGUAUUAAAAGAAACUUGAAACACAUGUUUUCAUUUUCCUUGGUUAAAUAUCCACAGGGAAGGAGGUGGCUAGCUGGCUUAGUCAGUAGAGUAUGCCUCUUGCUCUGAGGCUGGUGAGUUUGAGCUCCUCAUUGGCUGUAGAGAUCACUUAAGAAAAUAUUCAGUAGCAGAAUUACUGGAUCAUAAGGUAGUGCUGUGUUAAAUUUUUUGAGGACUCUCCACACUGUUUCCCACAAUGCCUGCUCCAAUUGACUUUGCCACCAACAGUGCAUGAGGAUUUCCUUUUCUCCAUAUCUUUGGCAACACUUGUUAUUCUUGUCUUUUUGAUUUUAGCCAUCCUGACAGGUAUAAAGCCAAAUCUGGUUGCACUGUUAAAAAAGAGUUUAAUAGGUUUAAUUUUUUAAUGUUCAGUUAGCUAACAUAUAGUACAUUUCUAUUUCCCUGAUGAUUAGUAAUACCAAGCGUCUUUUCUUGUGUCUGUUGGCCAUCUGUAUAUCUUCUUCAGAAAAGUAUCUAUUCAGGUCCCCUGCUCAUUUUUUAAUCGGAUUUUUUGUUUUUUGGUAUUGAGUUGUGUAUAUUCUUUACAUACUUUGAGUAUUAACCCCUUACUGUAAAUCAUUUGCAAAUAUCUUCUCCUAUUCAGUAGGUUGCCUUUUUUUGUUAUUGAUGGUUUCCUUUUCUGUGCAAAAGCAUUUUUGUUUCAUGAAUUUGAAAAUACAUAUGCACCCCAUGUUUAUUGCAGCAUUAUUUCCAAUAGCCACCCAAACGUCCAUUAAUAGAUGAAUGGAUAAAGAAGAUGUGGUCUAUAUGUAUAUACAAUGGGCUAUUACUCAGCCAUAAAGAAGAAUGGAAUCUUUCCAUUUGUAACAACAUGGAUGGACUGGAUGGAUAUAAUGCUUAUUGAAAUAUGUCAGUCUGAGAAAAGCAAAUGCCGUAUAUUUUCAUUCUUAUGUAGAAUUAAAGACAUAAGAAAAUUAAGAUGAAAAAGGAAAAAGGACAAACAGCAAUACCAAAAUACAAACAAACAAAUAAACCAAAACCACAACAACCUAGUUCCCUAAAUAAAGGGAACAAACUCAUGGUUGCCAAAAGGGAGAUGGGUUGGGGAAUGAGUGAUUUAAAUAAAGGGAAUUAAGAG